CCAAACACACCCAGAGAGAAGAUGGUGUGUGUCUAGUUGAAGCGGGGGCAAUUUAAAGUAAAACUGCAGCAUUUGGUCUCUGCUAUCCUCAACACCCCUUUUUUUUUGCAAAGCUUCCUUUGUCUUUCCCCCACCCUCACCCUCUCUCCUCUUUCUCUUUCUUCCUAGUUUCCCGGCCACUGUUCGCUGGAAAACUUACCCCCUUAUUCCCGCCGGCGACCACUCUAGUUUUCGUUUUUGCAUUUCUUAGCUCGAGGGAGCAUAAUACAGAGUACAAAAAAUCUAUUGAGUUUCUCAUUUUUUUUGUGUUGCCGGAGUUUGAUGAGAUGAAUCUCCGGUGAGAAUAUCUGGGUACUCUUUCUUGUUUUUCUUAUCUGGAAAGAUAUCAAGAGAAAAUGAAAACGCCGGCGAACGGUGCCGGAGUUCAGCAGCAUACUGCCAACGGGAAUCCUGCCGAAGUAGAGAAGAAGAGCAUAAACUCAGAACUAUGGCAGGCCUGCGCCGGUCCUCUGGUGAACCUACCGGCUGCUGGGACCCACGUCGUCUACUUUCCUCAAGGUCACAGUGAACAGGUUGCAGCAUCUAUGAAGAAAGAUGUAGAUGCCCAAAUACCAAACUACCCAAACCUUCCAUCAAAGUUGGUUUGUCUCCUUCACAAUGUUACCCUGCAUGCGGAUCCAGAAACAGAUGAAGUUUAUGCACAAAUGACACUGCAGCCAGUUCCUUCAUUUGACAAGGAGGCAUUAUUGAGAUCAGAUUUGUCUAUGAAAGCAAAUAAACCACAAACAGAAUUUUUUUGCAAGACCUUGACUGCCAGUGAUACAAGCACACAUGGAGGAUUUUCUGUCCCUCGGCGUGCUGCAGAAAAAAUAUUCCCUCCUCUGGAUUACUCAAUGCAACCACCUGCUCAAGAACUUGUGGCUAGAGACUUGCAUGAUAAUUUGUGGACCUUCCGCCAUAUUUAUCGCGGACAACCCAAACGCCAUUUGCUAACGACUGGGUGGAGCCUCUUCGUCAGUGGGAAGAGGCUCUUUGCUGGUGACUCAGUUUUGUUUAUUAGGGACGAAAAGCAGCAGCUUCUACUCGGGAUUAGGCGGGCAAACAGACAGCCAACCAACUUAUCGUCAUCUGUUUUAUCAAGUGAUAGCAUGCAUAUUGGUAUCCUAGCAGCGGCUGCCCAUGCAGCUGCAAACAACAGCCCAUUCACUGUGUUUUAUAACCCAAGGGCAAGUCCUUCGGAGUUUGUCAUCCCGUUGGCUAAGUAUUACAAGGCAACUUAUAGCAGUCAAGUAUCGCUUGGCAUGCGAUUCCGCAUGAUGUUUGAGACAGAAGAAUCAGGAACUAGAAGGUAUAUGGGCACAAUUACUGGCAUCAGUGAUCUUGAUCCAGUGAGGUGGAAGAACUCACAGUGGCGUAACUUGCAGGUUGGUUGGGAUGAGUCAACUGCUGGGGAGAGGCGUAACCGAGUAUCAAUUUGGGAGAUUGAACCAGUAACAGCACCGUUUUUCAUCUGUCCUACUCCGCCAUUCUUUAGGUCAAAGAGGCCAAGGUUACCUGGAAUGCCAGAUGAUGAUUGUUCUGAUCUGGAUGGCAUGUUUAAGAGGACAAUGCCAUGGCUUGGUGAUGACUUUGGCAUGAAGGAUCCACAAGGUCUUCCAGGCCUGAGCUUAGUCCAAUGGAUGAACAUGCAACAGAAUCCUUCUCUGGCUAACUCAAUGCAGCCAAACUACCUGCAUUCUUUGUCUGGUUCUGUUCUACAGAAUGUAGGAAGUGGAGCAGAUCUCUCACGUCAGUUAGGUCUACCAGCACCUCAGCUUCCUCUGCAGAACACUUUACAGUUUGGUUCCCAAAGGCCAACCCAACAAGGUCAGCAGCUCGACCAGCUCCAGAAGUUACCAGCUACCACUUUGACCCCAGCAGGCUCCAUUAUGCAGUCGCAGCAACAGUUGUCUGAUAUCAGUCAGCAAUCAAGACAGAGCCUAAUUAACCAAUCAGUGCCUACAAACCAUGUCCAGGCGCAACUUUUGCAAGUGCGCAGUCUUGUGCAGUCUCAGAAUGUCCUGCAGCAUCAACAAUCAUUUCAAAAUCAGCUGCAGAGGAACCUUACUCAGAAUCUGCCGCAGCAGCAACAGAUUAUGAAUCAGACUCAGCAGCAGAGUUUCAUGCCACCCCAGCCGAGUGAUCCACUUAACCAGACGCUGCAUUUCUCUGAUAGCCAAUUACAGAUGCAGCUUUUGCAGAAGCUGCAUCAGCAGCAGCAGUCACUUCUAGCUCAACAAUCUUUACUUCAACAACCAUCCCAGCUUGGGCCAAUCCAAGAUCAGCAGAAGCAGCUCUUAGAUGUAUCACAGAACUUUUCCAGGUCACUUGCAACAAGCCAAAUGCUAGAUAUGCCUCAAACCACAUCCACCUCCACGUCUCUUUCCCAGCCACAAAUUGCCCAGCAGCAAGUGACCACAAAUAAUAGCCAGUCUAAUCUUUGUUUUGCCCAGCCUCUGAAGCUUCAGCAGCAGCAGCAGCACCAGCAGCAACCAGGAAUUCUACCAGAACUCUCUGGUCAAGUUGGCCAGGUUCUACCACCGACAACUAAUCAGCUUUCUGCAAACUGCAGUAGCUUAUUAACAGGAGCUGCAGGUGGAGGCCAGUCAGUGGUUACGGAUGAUAUCCCAUCAUGUUCCACCUCACCAUCCACCAACAACUGUCAAAAUGCGGUUCAGCCAAUUAUGAAUGGUAGGAUCCAUCGAGGCACAGUUGCAGCAGAUGAAGCAAACCAGUCUUCUCUACCCCUCCUGAGUUCCAGUGGAUUAGAAGCUAUAUCCCCUAAUAGAAAUCUAGUUAAAGAUUUGCAACAAAAAUCUGAUGGGAAGCCCUCAUUGAAUAUCUCUAAGAGCCAGAACCAUGGGUUUUUGACUCCUCAGACCUACCUUAAUACUGCAGUUCCCCAGAUGGAUUAUUUAGAUAGUUCAUCUUCAGCGACCUCUGUCUGCUUUUCUCAAAAUGAUGUCCAAUUGCAGCAGACAACUAACCCGAUGUCUUUCAGUUCUCAACCAGUUGUAUUUAGAGAUAGUCAAGAUGGAGAAGUUCAGGGUGAUCCUAGAAACAAUGUUGCUUUUGGAGCAAACAUGGACAAUCAGUUGGGAAUAUCCAUGAUGCCUGAUUCUUUGAUCACAAAUAGCUUGGUGGGGUCAAGGAAAGAUGUUUCAAACAAUAUCUCAUCAGGCGGAGGCAUGCUUUCCAGCUAUGAGAACCCCAAGGAUGCACAGCCUGAACUCUCAUCAUCAAUGGUCUCCCAAUCAUUUGGAGUUCCUGAUAUGGCCUUCAAUUCAAUUGAUUCUACCAUAAAUGAUGGCAGCUUCAUGAAUAGAGGUGCCUGGGCCCCACCACCUCAAAUGCCUCGCAUGCGGACAUAUACCAAGGUAUACAAGCGUGGUGCUGUUGGAAGAUCGAUCGACAUCACACGUUACUUGGGCUAUGAAGAGCUUAAACAAGAUUUAGCUCGUAGAUUUGGUAUAGAAGGACAACUGGAGGAUAGACAGAGGAUAGGAUGGAAGCUUGUAUAUGUGGAUCAUGAGAAUGACGUUUUGCUUGUUGGCGAUGACCCUUGGGAGGAAUUCGUGAACUGUGUCCGCUGCAUCAAGAUUCUUUCUCCGCAAGAGGUCCAACAAAUGAGCUUGGAUGGAGAUUUUGGUAAUGUCCAAAAUCAAGCUUGUAGUAGUUCAGAUGGGGGAAAUGUGUAAAUUAACUGGCUAAAGUUCCAUCCGUGGAAACCUGCCAUGGUUGGUUAUUCUUCCCUUUAUACACCAUAGACAUGUAAAUCAGCUCUUCCUAGGAUCUUGGUACAAGGACCUUUCCUUGGUUGAAAAGAGCCGUCACUAAUAUCUGACAGGAACAAAGCGGGAAGUGGGUGUGCUUCAUCACCUCGCCGGUCCAAGUAUGGUAGCUCGUGUUACGAGGGAGAAACAGGUCAAGCAUAGGUAACCAUAGAAGCACAAAAUGCAUGCUACAAAGAGUAUUUAAAAUUUCUUGGAGUACUUUCAAUGUAAGAUUGAAGUCCUUGAUUAGCGUUGGAGUGUAUAGUCGUUUACAACACACUCUAGUAUUCCUGAAUCUUUUAAUGGAAAAUCUCAAAGUAAAUUUCAGUAGCUGA